CUUGUUCCCUAAAGUAUCCUGCGCCUUUAGCAGCCCCAGUCGACGUGUUGAAUUCGGGGCGCGGCGCUUACUGAAAAUUCAGGAAGGAAAAGAAAAGGACGUCCUUUGGCAGUAAGAGGACAAAGUAAAACACACAGUCAAAGCCAGUUAUCUUGCAAGUUGUUUAUUAUGGCCGAGCGACCGAAGAAUUUGUUUGCAACUGGUGCCGGACCUAGUCGCUCCCGUAAUCCGCCAGAUCAGUUAAGUCUGAACAACCUUAGCAUCCGACAUCCACCAUCGUCCACUUCGUCAACCUCCUCUGGAUCUACAUCCUCCGGCUCAAGUUCCUCAUCGCAGCACAACAAUGUAACCCGCGGUUUUCCCCAGCAGCCACCAGUAGCCCCAGCUACGGCUGCAGUUUCAAGUUCCAGCAACAAUAGUAGUGCAGCCGAUCGUCACCGUGAGAGAAUCCGGCAGCAGGCCUGUGGCAAAUUGCAGUUUGGCGAGGGUCCGGCGAACACACAUCAUUUUACAUCAGACGAUCUCGAGGAUGAGGGGGAAAUUGGACGCGGAGCCUUUGGUGCCGUCAACAAAAUGAUAUUCAAGAAACUAGACAAAGUAAUGGCCGUGAAACGUAUUCGAUCAACCGUAGACGAAAAAGAGCAAAAACAACUCCUCAUGGAUCUCGAGGUGGUGAUGAAGUCAAACGAGUGCAUCUAUAUUGUACAGUUCUAUGGAGCACUCUUUAAAGAGGGCGAUUGUUGGAUCUGCAUGGAGCUGAUGGACACUUCGCUGGAUAAGUUCUAUAAAUACAUAUACGAAAAGCAGCAGCGUCACAUACCAGAGUCCAUCCUGGCCAAAAUUACUGUUGCUACGGUGAAUGCGUUGAACUAUCUGAAGGAGGAGUUAAAGAUUAUCCAUCGCGAUGUUAAGCCGAGCAAUAUAUUGCUCCAUCGUCGCGGGGACAUCAAGCUAUGUGAUUUUGGAAUUUCGGGUCAGCUGGUUGAUUCGAUCGCAAAGACUAGGGAUGCUGGCUGCAGGCCCUAUAUGGCGCCGGAACGUAUUGAUCCGGAACGUGCCAAAGGCUAUGAUGUACGCAGUGAUGUAUGGUCGUUGGGUAUAACUCUAAUGGAAGUGGCUACAGGCACUUUCCCUUAUCGUAAAUGGGAUUCGGUAUUUGAGCAGCUAUGCCAGGUUGUGCAAGGCGAGCCUCCGCGACUAAAGACCUCUUUUAAUGGAAUGGAGUUCUCAAUGGAGUUUGUCGAUUUUGUCAACACUUGCCUAAUUAAAAAGGAGAGCGAUAGACCGAAGUACAGUCGGUUACUUGAGAUGCCCUUCAUUCGCCGCGGUGAGACUAGUCACACCGAUGUGGCUGUGUACGUUGCCGAUAUCCUGGAGUCAAUGGAGAACGACGGCAUUACGCAGUUUACGGCUAAUCAGCCGGCCGAAAGUUAAUCGCCUAACUGCAGCAAGUCAUAAUAUAAGUAAGAUUGAGCAGCUUCACAGGAAAAGUGAACCAAGCAGAAGCAAGGAGGAAAAAAAUUUAAAUUGUUGUCUACUUUGUAGCAUUUGUAGCAAACGUAGGGUGUAUUUUGUUAAACCGAAAACAAAACUAAGUAAAAAGUGUGUGCGCUGAUAGUAAGUAAACUGUGUAAAAGUAAAAGCACUUCUCAAACUCCCCUCUUCCCAAGAACAUAAAGUAUUUUUUUGUCUUUGGUAUUCUUUGCGAUAAAUUUGUUUAAAAAAAUAAAUCCCAAAUAAUAUCCUCCACAUUUUUUUUAGCGAUUUGCUGCAUUUGUUUUAUGUUCAGUAUAUCCAGCAUUUUAAAUCCUAUUAAUAUUGUAUCAUUGUUAAUGAUACAAUUACGAUAGAUAAUGCAUUUUACGUUAAUUUAACCAGGAACAGAAACAUAAGCAAUAUUUGUAAAACCCUAGGCACGGGGACAAAAUUUAAAAUUGACAAAUUAAAGGUUUAAUACAUGUACCAACUAACAGAAACACCAAUAUGUGUUAACAUAGCGUGAAAUAAAAUUAAAGUAUGAAUUAUUUAUUGAACAGAUUUUGUAAUCCUAUUAUAUUUUAUAAUUUGCAUAUAAAAAUGAUUGUGAAAAGCUUUAAA